CCGUUCGAAAAGCUGCUCGUAGUGAAACAAGUAAGAUUUGGUCAGCUGCCAUGUAAGAAUUAACCCGACGCGAGAAUUAGCUCGGCGUGUUUGAUGAAGAGCUUCAAAGAUUCUGAGUAGAUGCUCAAGUUUGGAUUAACCUCUAAACAGGGACCACAUUUGCAGACGAAGACAAAAAACUGACAUUUUACUCACGGUUGCAACAUUUUCACGUUAACGUGUCCACGGGUUGGUGUGUGGUAACGCGAGUGAACUCUGCCUUAGCCAACUAGAACAACCUGUUCUUCUGGGAUUUAACCAUGGACGCCGUCGUUAAAUUCACAAGCCAGAGCCAAGGAAGAGACCGUAUAUUCAGAGCGACCCAAUAUGCAUGUGCACUGUCGAAAUACCUACUUAAAGACAACCCCGAAAGAAAGGACCUUGUGGUGAGACUGAAAAGUCUGGAAUCCACGAUGAGCGCUGGACGAAAAUUGUUCCGGCUGGGAAACACAAUAAAUUCCAUUGAGGCUGCUAAGCGAACCAUGCAACUCACUGAUCGAGUGCUGUGCCUCUGCCUUACUGCAUCCAACAUGUCCCGUGCCCUCUACUUUGUCUGCGACAAUGCUCUCUGGGCCAGAAAUGUCGGCCUUAUCCGCAACAUGGACAAGGAACGCUGGAGCCUGAAUGCCUCUCGCUGCUAUUUUAUCUCACUCGUCACGAGUCUGACCCGAGACGUGUAUGUAAUCCUCCUGUUGAUGUCACAGAGAGCAAGAGAUAGACGCUUUAGACAGAAAAUGGACGCACAUCUCAAUGGGAAUCCUGAAGUAGCUGAUGUGGUCAUCCCUCAGCUGGAUGCUUUCCUCUUCCUGCUUCUGGAAAGCCUAAAAUCACAACCGGCCGUUGCUUUGGACACACUCAAGAAUAUAUGCGAUCUCUUCAUUCCCUUAGACAAGCUGGGGAUAUACCAGUCAAACGCAGGAGUGGUGGGAUUCUGUGGACUGAUUUCCUCUGUGAUUGGCAUUAUAACCCUCGCACAGCCAAAGUUGAAAAUCAAACCCUGAUAACGUAGGUGAAGAUAAACUUGAGCGACUAAGAGCAGAGAAUAAGAUCAAGCUUCAUAUCUCAGACGAUAUGUUCAGAGACAACACUAUUAAUGUUGAAGGUAGCAAAAACUGUAAGGCUUUCUUGAUAGUCUGUGUUUGCUUUUUUGGUACAGAAGUUUGAUAAGUGAGUACGACAUCCUCUUGAGAUUGACAGAAAAGUACUUGACAUUUAACAGACCAGUUUAGGUCUAAAGCACUGAUUUAAAGGGAACAUAUCCAUUUUCUACACAGUAUAUUUUUUACAUUUGUUAUAAUUUAAAGAGCCUGAGCAAAUCCUGUACGCAUUCCUGUGCAACCAUAUACAACACCAGCAGCUGUUGUACUUCAAAAUAAGGACUCCUGAGCUUUUAUACCCACCUUUCAUAAACCGAAGACCUUAAUGUGACUCCACUGUCUUUCCCUGCUGCCUGUUUUGUGAUAAAUGCUGCUAUAUGUUUUUACCUUUUUGAAUCAAGUGAUGAAAAAGCUGCUCCUCAGCCAAAAGUGCCUCAAGAUGGCAAUUCAGAUGUGAGAUUUCAGGGAUUAUCUCACCUGUGAUUUAGUUGUUUUUAUGCAUUGCACAUCAGAAGUAUGAGCUUUAACUGUCAGCAGGUUGUAAUGUAUGUGGACUGAAGGAAAAAGUGAAAAGAACUGAUGGUUCAUGAAAAACAAAUUGAACAAAUCAUGUUGAUACUUAAUUGAGAGGAGACACCCUUGAUAAGUUUACGAUUCAAUUCUUAAUAUAUUGUUUGAGAAAUGUAUUUCUUGUGGGUGCAGGGUUUUUGAGCAUGGAUGUGAGGAAACACUAGAAAACUUAAACUUCCUAUGUCCCUCAAAUAAUGUAAUACCUCAAAGCUGCAGGGACACAUCACUUUUAUAACCAUGUGUAGCUGUAGUGGUGUAAGAGGGCUGUUUUUUCACCAAGUUUAAUGUAGCUUGGAAUAAUUUAUAUCUGUGUUGUCAAAGCAAAGACAAAGUUUCUUGUAUAAAUAAAAGCCAAUAAUAACAGACUAA